AUGUCCAACUCUGCGGAUUCCGGCGCACUAUCCGACCCGUCAACUGGUCACUUGUCGCCACCCAAACUAUCGGCAAGCGACCCAAAUCCACUGUCGGAGGAAACAUUCGCCGCUGUACAUUCCGUUCUGCCGGACCCUUCCAGUUCUGAUUUCACCGUGGAUAUUCAAUAUUUACCCUACAUUAUUGAACGGAUGUUCCCAGAUCCCGAAAUGUUGACAUUGAUUCAGACCUCUUGUUUGUACAUUGACAGCAACAGAUCGAGGAAAGUGAUUUAUUUUGUGGAAAUCGGAAAGAAUUCUCAGUUGGGUGGGCCUCAAAUGGCCACCUGUCCAAAGAAGAUUGAACUUUCCCAAAUGGUUUGCCGACUCCUGAAAUCCAUGUGCAGAUAA